AUUAAUGGAUUAUUUUAUCUGCGUUAUACUACUUCCAGUGAUUGCUUUAGUUCUAACUGUUGUUUGGAGUCAUACUUGACUUAUGAGUUAUUUUGAUCAUAACAAAAUUUUCUUUGCAUAAUCUUGGUAUUCUAGUUUUGAAGGAUUAUGUAACUUGAAUAUGAUAAGCAACUUAAUUAAACACUUAUUGUAUAAGUGCUUAUGUUUAAGCUAUAGUAUUAUUUCUAUAACAAAACCUAAAAUAAGUUCAAAAUACUUUCAUAUAUAACUUAUAAACUAUUUUUAUAGGAUAUUCUGAAAGCUUAUGAAAAUAAGCAGAAGUUCAUAGGCUAAAAGCAUCCUGUGGAUAUUAAAUAAACUGUUUGCAUGAGUUCCCUAAAAAAUCCUCACAAUUCAAAUAGUCUCACAAGUGCAUUUAUUCUUAAAUAAGUCAAUCUAAACAUGUCUUUAAACUAAAUAUUUUUGAAAUUUCACUUUGUACAAACUAGCUUCCUACCAACUUGAAGUUUCAGAGGUUUUCAAAGACUAAUUACUAAUUUGUGAAAACAUCGUUCUCGUCCCAUGACCUUUUCUGGAAAUAUUUCUCUCAUGGUUAUAUUUAUGCAGUGCUCAGAUUUAAUUAAACCUUCUUUUUGAUAAAUUCUUUAUCAAGAUGUUUUAGCAGUUUUUGUAAAAUUCAAAUUGACCUUAAGUAAGCUUUUGAGCCUGAGUUUUAUUCAUUAAAUCCAAUUUUUUGGGGAACUUCAUUUCUCAGAGAUUGUUAUAUCCUGCUUGUACACUCAAAUUUAUCUUCAAAGUUCUUUCUUGAAACUAGUAUUUUCAGAAUUAUCUCCAAUGGAUGCCAGAUAUUCUUUUCUAAUUUCUACUGACAAGACGUUUUAACGCCAAUUGAUGGAUAUGGAUGCAUCAAGGCUAUGGUAUGACUUGCAUGCUUAAAAUUUUAGUGAUUCCCGGGAAGCAAAAAGUCUUUUUCUUACAUUUAACAUAAGACUCUCACGUACAGCCACUUAUCCACGCCCGCAGACAACACUUGAGAUCAGACAAGAGAUUUAUGGACUUUAUACCAUCCCUUUCCUGUCAAUAAAGAUUCAGUACCCAUGAGUUGCAUUAUGCUAGUACUGUUCCUAACUGAAUUUAGCAGAGUAUUGCACUAAAUAGUUGGGUACAAUACAUUAAUUUUCCUUUAGUCAAAUAGUUUAGUCCUGUGAAGUUCCUUACAUUAUGCUUGGAGAGGAAAGCAUUCAUGGUUGACAUAUUGUCUUCAAUAACCUUUUUAUGUGGAAAGAUUAAGUUUGGUGUAUAUGACUUAUUAUGACAAUGUAGUUACCCCUCGUAGCACGGAUAAAUUCUGUAUUUGCAUAGUUCCAGAAUAGCCUCUGUAACGGCAACAACAAUAACUGUUAAUUGUACUAAUUCUUAAGCUAAGUUUCAAUAAUUCUGUUUUCUGCACUAAUUUUUAUUUAAUUCUAUGGUUGUUUCCCAUUAUUACAUCUGCUACUUCAUAUUCAUGAUUAUUGCCUUAUGUAUUUGUCCUCCUUUUAAUUGAUAUAUGUUCAUAUAAUGAUUGCAGCAUUAAUUAAAAUCUGCAAUGUACUGUAGUUUAUUGCUUAACCAGUUUUUGCAUUUAGGCCUCUUCUAUCUCUCUCUUUAAAGCAGGUGGAAAGUGAGCAGCUUGGGAGGACAUAAUUUUAUGCUGAGGAAUCUGUUGUGGGCAACAUCAAAGCAUGAUGUAUACCUUAUGCAAAACUACUCCGUGAUGCAUUGGUCCUCAUUACUUCGAAGGAGUAAAGAAGUGCUUAAUGUGGCAAAGCCGAUUAUUCCAACCCUUCAGAAGCAUUCUGGAUUAGCCCACCCUAUCUCGCGAGUGCAAAUUAGCACCAUGGCUGUUAAGGAGAACCUGAUGGUGGCAGGUGGUUUCCACGGCGAGCUUAUUUGCAAGAAUUUGAAUCAUUCUGGAGUUGCAUUCUGCAGUAAAAUAACUACUGAUGAUAAUGCCAUUACCAAUGCAGUGGAUAUCUUCCGCAACCCCAGUGGGUCAUUGAGGGUCAUUGCAGCAAAUAAUGAUUCCCAAAUUCGGGUUUUUGAUUCAGAGAAUUUCGCUUCUCUUGGUAGUUUCAAAUAUGAUUGGUCUGUCAAUAAUGCUUCUGUUAGUCCGGAUGGAAAGUUGUUAGCUGUUCUUGGAGACAGUACUGAGGGCUUAAUAGCUGAUGCUAACACGGGAAAGAUCACUGGAAACCUAAAAGGGCACUUGGACUAUUCUUUCUCAUCUGCUUGGCACCCUAACGGACAAAUUUUAGCUACCGGGAAUCAGGACAGAACAUGCAGGUUGUGGGAUGUAAGAAAUCUUUCGCAGUCCUUAGCAGUCUUAAAGGGAAGAAUAGGUGCAAUAAGGGGCUUAAGAUUCACAUCAGAUGGACGGUUUUUGGCCAUGGCUGAGCCAGCAGACUUCGUCCAUGUUUUUGAUUCGCAAUCUGGUUAUGCACGUAGUCAAGAGAUAGAUAUAUUUGGUGAGAUUGCUGGUAUAUGUUUUAGCCCCGACACCGAGGCUCUGUUUGUUGGCGUUGCUGAUCGAAUGUACGGUAGCUUGUUAGAGUUCACCAGAAAACAUUAUUAUCAGUAUCUAGACUCAAUGCUUUAAUCUUAAGCGGGAUGUCUUCAAGAUGUACAGAGAUCUUAUCAUGUGCAUAUCCACAGGAAGAUUUCUAAAAUAGGUUUAUAAUUUGCUUUUGCAAGAUGUUUUUUUUGCCGAACUUGGUGCUGCAAAUAGCAAAUUUUGCUCUACAGAGCUAAUCCGGUUAAGUUUUUUUUUUCCUUGUUUUAGAGCUUGAAUAUUGUAUAUUUGAAACAAUAAAAUUAAGCAUUUUAUUAUUAUAUUGCUUUGAACUUAAUUUU